AUGGAGGGAUUCAAAGCAAAAAUUGAAGGAAGGCUUAAUGGAGAUGGAAAUUCAGGAAAACCCUUUUUUGGUGGCUAUUUCACGCUUCGACGAGCAACUCCUGAACUGGAAACAGAAUUUUGUAAUUUCUACAAAAUUGUCCUCAAUUAUAUUGAACGCUGGUUUCAACUUCAAUUGUUGCCAAAAGGGAUUUCAAUUAUUAAUUUGGAAAAUAAGGAAUUAAUUUAUGCUGAAGUUGUCCAACUGGCGGAGCAAAUUUGCCCGGAGAUUUCAGAAAAUGAUGAACUUUUUGAUGAAGUUUCACAAUUAAAUAAAGCUCUGACUGGCAUUAAUGAAGAGGAUUUUUAUCUCAAGACAACAGAGCAAAAAUGGAGAAUGAUUUUUGAUGUUACUGGAGCUACAAAAAAAUACAAAAACUUGUACCGGAUCGUCAGUGCAGCUAUUUCGAUUCCAGUUUCAAAUGCAUUUAUAGAACGCAUCUUCUCAAUGGCAAGUAUUCAAUGGACGAAAGAAAGAAACUCGCUUGAGGUUAAGACUGUCAGGGCUUUACUUCUUGUGUCAGCGAAUUUUGACAUGUCAUGCAUCGAAAUGCACAAAAUGCUCAGUGGAAGCAAGAAAUUAUUAGAAAAGAUUCAUUUAGGAGGGAAAUAUGAAAGAUUUGAGGACGAAUAA